AUGUUGUGUAAAAGUAAGCAUUUCUUCAGAGAUACUGAAUAUUUAAUUUAUGAAUAAGAGAACUCAAUUUAAAUUGGAAAAGUAAGCAUUCAUUACAAAUGAUUAGAAUGCAAAAUAAAUUAAAUACACAAUAAAAUUAGAAUUGUCAACAAUAAUUACAUGGGUUUAUGGAGAUAGAAAUCGUUUCAUUGGAUUUAAGUUUAGAUGGAAAUAAAAACUGAAAACAAUGAUUAUGGAUUAUUCUGGGUGUUUAUAACUUAAAAGUAUUUUUGAUGGUAAAGUCUCCUAUAAUAAUCUUAUCAAAAUGUUUAAUAGCAUAAAAUCAAUUCGAGAACAAUCUCAGAAUGCAGUAAGAUAAUAAUAAUGAAUUUUAUUAUAGAUAAUGUUAGUCCACAGCUGUAUAGAUUAAAGACAAUACUAAAUGAAAGUAACACCAAAUAGUAUCAAUUAUAAUAAGCUUGUAUAAACUAAAAACCUAUACAUAGGAUUUUAUGUUAGAAUUAGAAGUGUUAAGCCUUUAACAUAAGAACUUGAUAUCAGUUUAGGAAUAUUUCGUAGAAAAUGAUAAAUUUCAUAUAAUUUAUGAGUAUUUAGAGGGAAGAAGUUUAAGGGAGAGAUUGAAUUCUUAAUAUAAAAUGAGAAAAGAGGAGAUUAUAGUAGUGCUAAAAGUAAUAAGUGUAGAUAAUUGAUUAAGUAAAUUUUAAGUCUUCUAAACACAUUGCAUAAAAAAGGAUACAUUUGUAGGGAGUUAACCUAAGAUAACAUAUUUAUUUAGAAGGAUGGUAAAAUUAUUCUAACUGAGUUGGGACAAAUAACAAAAUUAGGAGAAGUCUUGAGAACUAAAAGAGGAACAAAAGAUAUUGAUAAUAUAAAUGAGUUGAUAUUACCAAAUAAUAUGGAGAUGAAUUAAAAUAAUGAAGAGUUUGAUAGGUAAUUUUGGUUUGCAUAGGAUAUAUAUUGUCUUGGAGAAUUAUUUCAUGAAAUGUAAUUAAAUUUGAUACUCUAGGUUAACUGGCAAGACAUUAUAAAAAACGAUCUUUGAUAAACAUAGUGCUUUUCAGUCUAGUCAAAACACAAUCUCAACUUUAAGAAAGAAGGUGGGACUUCGAAAAUUAUUAGAUAGAAUGUUAGAGCCUGAUCCAAGACUUAGAAUUUCUGUAGAAUAAGCUCAAAACUUCAUUAAGGAUAUGGAAUUUGGAGAUGAUUCAUUUGAAGACUUUUCUGAUUAGGAUGAAAGAAGCAAUUUUCAGGAAGUUUAUUAUUUUAUUUCAAACGUUUGUCUUUAGAAUCUCUGA